CUACUCGCCUCUUCGCUCAGGCCACAACACCGAGUUUCCUGUUUCCGACGGAGCGUUCACAGAGACGGACCGACUUCCUGCUGGAAAUAGAAUGUUGACUUCCGGUUUCCGAGUUUAGUCCUUUGAUCACAUAGCAGCUGGAGCUCACCCGAACCUCACCCGGAGCUCAGCUGAACCGGCACCAUGGGCAUCCUGGAGAAGAUAGCGGAGAUAGAGAAAGAGAUUUCUCGAACACAGAAAAACAAAGCCACCGAGUACCAUCUGGGUUUGCUCAAGGCCAAACUAGCCAAAUACAGAUCUCAGCUGCUGGAGCCGUCCAAGUCAGCGGGGGCCAAAGGCGAAGGCUUCGAUGUCAUGAAGUCAGGAGACGCGCGGGUUGCUCUCAUUGGUUUCCCCUCCGUGGGUAAGUCGACCUUCCUCAGUUUGAUGACGUCGACGGCCAGUGAAGCUGCUUCCUACGAGUUCACCACCCUCACCUGUAUACCUGGAGUCAUAGAGUAUAAAGGAGCCAACAUCCAGCUGCUGGAUCUGCCAGGAAUCAUCGAAGGCGCCGCCCAAGGUAAGGGCAGAGGGCGGCAGGUCAUCGCUGUGGCCCGGACCGCAGACGUCGUCAUCAUGAUGCUGGACGCCACCAAAGGAGACGUCCAGAGGGAACUUCUAGAAAAGGAGCUGGAGUCGGUGGGAAUCAGACUGAACAGGACGAAACCAAAUAUUUAUUUCAAGCCUAAAAAAGGCGGCGGCCUCUCCUACAACUCCACGGUUCCUCUGACCCAGUGCUCGGAGAAGCUGGUCCAGCUCAUCCUCCAUGAGUACAAGAUCUUUAACGCCGAGGUGCUCUUCAGGGAGGACAGCACUCCGGACGAGUUCAUCGACGUCAUCGUUGGGAACAGAGUCUACAUGCCCUGUCUUUACGUUUAUAACAAAGUGGAUCAGAUCUCCAUCGAGGAGGUGGAUCGACUGGCGCGUAGACCCAACAGCGUGGUCAUCAGUUGUGGGAUGAAGCUGAACCUGGAUUAUCUCCUGGAGACGCUGUGGGAAUAUCUGGCUCUGAUCUGCAUUUACACCAAGAAGAGAGGAGAGCGUCCAGACUUUAAUGACGCCAUCAUCAUGAGGAGAGGAGCCAGCGUGGAACAUGUGUGCCAUCGCAUCCACAGAACCUUAGCCAGCCAGUUCAAGUACGCCCUGGUCUGGGGAACCAGCACCAAGUACAGUCCACAGAGAGUCGGCCUGACGCACAUCAUGGAGCAUGAGGACGUCAUCCAGAUCGUCAAGAAGUGAAAUAAACUGGAGACAGAACAGAAAUCAGCCAACGUCAUUAUUCUCUGUCUGACUCUGAGAGACGGAUCACACCUGAACCUGGUUUAAUAAAGACGAAUCAGAGGGAACUUUGGAGAAUAAAGUUCAUAAAACAAGUCUUUUUUCUUUUAUUUCCAUUGUCAUAAAUAUAUGGACACGGAAUAAACAUGAUGAUGAACAGUUA